UUACAAGAAAUCGAGUUCGGCCGUUUUUUCGUGAGAAGGAGGAGACGGACGUCGACCGUUCACUAUAUAAACAACUGACAUUCAUGUCUCUGGCUUUAGUUUCCCGUUUGGAUAUAUUUGAUAAACAAAAAAUAAAGCAGAGACAACAACCAAUACUCUGAGACAGCCAACGUUGGAUUUUUUGAAUUAAUCAGUGGUUGUUUUCGUUUUUGUUGUUAUUCAAAUCAAAGUAGAAGUAAAAGAAUCAAAACAAAAAACGCAAAUAUAAAUAAACAAUCUAUACAACCUAUACAACAACCAAGUGAACUUCAAAGCAAAUAAAUAGAUUGACUGGAAUUGUUUGGAAAAAAAGGUGAAUUAGGAUAUUCAACAUAUCGGAUAAAGAGUCGAAUUAACGAAGCAGUGAAAUGAGUGGAAGAGAUAAUCGUGGUAGCGGGCAUCAGCCCUUGGGCAAUGCCAUGGGCAAAUUAAAAGAUCGACUCUCCAGGGAGGAGCAACCAUAUCAGCGUGUGGAUUUGGAUGAAGGCACUUUGUCAACCUCAAAUACUGCUACCAGCCUUGAUACUAUUCUACCCGAGGAUCCUUUUCUAUUUCCCUCACACAACAGACCAACAGCCCCGAGUACACAGCAACAACAGCGUCAACGUUUUGAGGCUGAAUUCCCUUUGCAGUUUGGUCCCAUCAUUGAGGCAGAUGAUAUCAAUGAACCUCCUCUGCCCAUAAAUCCAAAGGUGAAAAAUACUCAAGAGCCUUUACCAUUGCCGCUGCCACCACCGCCUUCAUCGCAUUCACAUCGUGAUCAACACACACGCAGUGUUGUGUCCACAGAAGAUUUGCAGCGCAGUAAAUCUUCUCUAAAGGGUUCCCGGGUGUCAUUUGAGAAGCGGGGCGGUGAUGAGAGCAGUGAAGACGACAGCUUUGAGGAGCGUCGCACCGGAUUUCAACAACAAAAGGCUGUCAGUAGUGUCGAUCACCGAGGUAUACUUAAGGAUCUAAAAACCAUUUUGGCCAAUGACAAUCGCCGUCAAUUUCAAUCGAAAAAACAUGUAUCACUCGAUUUGAAGGGAACACGAUAUCUCAAGGAUCUCCUAAAAGAAUCAUCAUCAGAGGAGGAGUUUCGCAAAAAUCGUCGUGAAUUUCAGGGCCGCAAACAUCAAAGUUUGGAUCCUCGUGUCUCAUUCAAAUUGGAAAAAGUAUUACAAGGUUCCAGCACAGACAGUGAUGAGGAAAAUGAUGAUGUGGAACACAAACGUUUGAUAUAUCGUCCCAAGGACAUAACAAAGCCAGUGGUUAUCGAUUUGAAAGACUUGGAGAGUGAGAGUGAAGAAGAUUACGUCUCGUCGAGGCAGCACUUUCAACAGCAACGUUCCAUCAGUACAGAUUCAAGGAAAAGUAUACGUUUUUACGAAAUGGAUGAAAUGGGUCGUAAAAAGGGUGAAAAUCUGCGCCAAGCUGUACCCUUUGUUAGACAAAUUACCGAAGAUGGCAAACCAAAGCUGGAAGUUUAUAGACCAACGACAAAUCCUAUAUUUAUUUGGACACAGGUAUUGGCCGCCUUCAGUGUUUCUCUUGGCUCAUUGGUUGUGGGCUUUUCAUCGGCCUACACUUCACCCGCCUUGGUUUCCAUGACUGAUCGAAAUAUUACCUCAUUUGAAGUAACACCACAGACGGCCUCCUGGGUUGGAGGUUUAAUGCCCUUGGCUGGUUUGGCUGGUGGUAUUUGUGGUGGACCCUUAAUUGAAUACUUGGGGCGGCGAAAUACAAUUCUCGCCAUAGCCGUACCAUUUAUUAUAUCAUGGCUUUUGAUUGCCUGUGCCAUAAAUGUAGCCAUGGUAUUGGCCGGACGCGCUUUGGCAGGAUUUUGUGUUGGCAUAGCAUCGCUUUCACUGCCAGUCUAUUUGGGUGAAACCAUACAACCAGAAGUGCGUGGCACAUUGGGUCUACUUCCGACGGCAUUUGGUAAUAUCGGUAUAUUGUUGUGUUUUGUGGCUGGUACUUAUAUGGAUUGGUCAAUGCUGGCAUUCCUUGGCGGAGCAUUGCCUGUACCAUUUUUAAUUCUGAUGUUUGUUAUACCUGAAACACCACGUUGGUAUGUUUCACGUAAUCGCGAGGAAAGAGCCCGUAAAGCAUUGGUGUGGUUGCGUGGCAAGGAAGCAGAUGUUGAACCAGAAUUGAAGGGCCUCUUGCGUUCCCAGGCCGAUGACGAACGUCAGGCUAGGCAAAAUCAAUUGAUGGAGUUGCUGAAACGCAAUAAUCUGAAACCAUUGUCGAUUUCAUUGGGUCUGAUGUUCUUCCAACAGUUCAGUGGCAUUAACGCCGUAAUUUUUUAUACCGUGCAAAUUUUCAAGGAUGCCGGCUCAACUAUUGAUGGUAACAUUUGUACCAUUAUUGUGGGUAUUGUGAAUUUUGCAGCCACAUUCAUUGGAAUUGUAUUGAUUGAUCGUUUGGGCAGAAAGAUUCUAUUGUAUAUUUCUGCUGUGGCAAUGACCAUUACUCUAUUUGUUUUGGGUGGUUUCUUCUACUGCAAAGCCAGUGAAAUGGAUGUUUCAAAUGUUGGCUGGCUGCCCUUGGCCAGUUUCGUGGUCUAUGUUCUGGGCUUCUCAUUGGGUUUCGGACCCAUUCCCUGGCUAAUGAUGGGUGAAAUUUUACCCGCAAAAAUUCGUGGUUCUGCAGCUUCUGUUGCUACUGCAUUUAAUUGGACAUGUACAUUUAUUGUUACCAAGACUUUCCCGGAUAUGAUUGAAUCAAUUGGUGGUCAUGGUGCAUUUUGGCUUUUCGGUGUAGUUUGCGUAAUUGCAUUGUUCUUUGUAAUUGUCUAUGUGCCAGAAACCCAAGGCAAGACCCUGGAGGAUAUUGAACGAAAAAUGAUGGGCCGUGUUAGACGUAUGUCAUCGGUGGCCAAUAUCAAACCAUUGUCUUUCAACAUGUAAACAAUCUGAAUAGUGUGAUGCUAACGAAUAUUAAUGACGAGUGCAAACAAAAACCAGAAUAAAAAAUCCUCAUGAUGUAUAGUAGAAUAAGCCAUAAUUGUCGCUGCACCAUCAACAAAUCUUCACCUUUGCCAUGCAUAAUAUAAUCCCAUUUUUAAAAGAAAUACACAUUAAGAAAAACCAAAUAUUAGCUAUAAGUAGUAAGCAAGUCGGAGAAGUGUGGGCUAAAACCUCUAGCCCAUCAGUUAGACAGGCAGUUAGUGUUUCUUUAUACAAGAAAACAGAAUCGUUAUAUUAGAAAAGCAAAAGAGAACAUAACGUAUUUAAAGCUUAGCUUUCAUUGUCAUUAUUAAUAUUAUUUUUGUUAUUGUAUAAGCGAAUGAAUAUGAAACGAUUGGUAUUUUAUUUUUUAAAUUGUCUAAAAUAAUUAUAAAUAAUAAUUUAUGUUAAAAAAAAAAAACAAAAAGUAUACGCGCAUUGUACCAACAUAAUUGUCAUCAAUGUAGGCAUUGAUGAUAGUCAUUGGUUCUAAUGACAGUUUUUUCUUUUUUGAUGAGCAGUUGUAGUCUAUAAAUGUAGAGAUUUUAACUAUAGUUUUGUUGUAUUAACAAAAUAUGUAGAUCAUCUAACUCCUCUUAUUUUCUUUUAAUAAUUUGUAUUGUUAUUAUGAAUUAAGUUUAAGAAAUAUCAAUAAUAAUAAUAAAAUGUUGUAAUGUGAGAACAAUAUGUAUGGAUCUUUACACAGACACCGAUACAAUUUUACUAUAUUUUAUAAAUUAUUAUUUAAAUGUUUUUAAAUAAACUAAAACAGUAAA